GUUUCCUCGGCGGCCUAGGGGCUGGGGCGGCAGUCGCGGUCGUAGUUCCAGCGCGUGCCGUCUCGUCGCCUCAGGAGCGCCAUGGCGGAGCUCUACCCCCUGGCCGACGAGCUGUCGUGCUCCAUCUGUCUGGAGCCCUUCAAGGAGCCGGUCACCACCCCGUGCGGCCACAACUUCUGCGGGUCGUGCCUGAACGAGACGUGGGCCGUCUCGGGCGGGCCGUACCUGUGCCCGCAUUGCCGCACCGUCUAUCACGCGCGGCCGCAGCUGCGCAAGAACACGGUGCUGUGCGCGGUGGUGGAGCAGUUCCUGCAGGCCGAGCUGGCCCGGGACGCGCCCGCCGACGACUGGACGCCGCCUGCCCGCGCCGCGGCCCCCAGCUCGGGCGUGCGGGUGGCUUGCGACCACUGCCUGAAGGAGCCCGCGGUGAAGACGUGCUUCGUGUGCAUGGCCUCCUUCUGCCAGGAGCACCUGCGGCCGCACCUGGACAGCCCCGCCUUCCAGGACCACCUGCUGCAGCCGCCGGUUGCAGACCUGCUGCGCCGCAAAUGCCCCCAGCACAACCGGCUGCGGGAGUUUUUCUGCCCGGAGCACAGCACGUGCAUCUGCCACAUAUGCCUGGUUGAGCACAAAGCCUGCUCUCCCACGUCCCUGAGCCAGGCCAGCACCGACCUGGAGAUCAAGCUGAGGCAUAAAGUAACUGUCAUGUACAGUCAGAUCAAUGGGGCAUCAAGAGCGCUGGACGACGUGAGAGCCAGGCAGCAGGAUAUGCGGGCUACCAUGAACAAGAAGGUGGAGCAGCUUAAACAAGAAUACAAGGAAAUGAAGGAUCUCAUUGAGGCCUCAGAGGCCAACGCGACCCGGAAGAUAAAGGAAGAGGAGAGAAGGGUCAAUGGCAAGUUUGACACCAUUUAUCAGGCUCUCCUCAAAAGGAAGAAUGAGAUCCAGAAGCUGAAGGAGGAGAUCGAAGCCGGCCUGACGAAGGGGGAUGAGCUUGAGUUUCUGGAGAAAGCGUCAAAACUGCAAGGGAUCUCCACGAAGCCUGUGUAUGUCCCCAAGGUGGAACUGAACCAUGAACUGAUGAAGGGUGUGCACCAGGGCACUGUGGAGCUCAAGAAUGAGCUGAAGCGAUGCCUCAGACAGCUCCAGGAGAAGAAGCCCGAGGAGCACAUGGGCUCAGGUGACUCUGGAGAGCAUGGCCCAGCAUCCACACACAAACCCUCACGCCCUGGGAAGGUCCCAAAAGAUGAAAAGAUAACCAAGAAGCAUCCAGCUCCCUCUGGGAUAUCUACCAAGGUUCCUACCUUCGGAGCCCCGGAAGAGUCAGUGGAUUUUAAACAAGCUGACCAGGAGGCCAAAGUCUCCAGCCCGAAGCCCAACUCGGAGGCGCUGAAGGCCACGGUGCUGGGGAACUUCCUAGCCAAGUCCAGACCCGAGCUCCUCGAGUAUUAUAUUAAAGUCAUCCUGGACUACAACACUGCCCACAGCAAGGUGGCCCUGUCAGAGAACUACUCUGUAGCUUCUGUGGCUGACACACCUCAGAGCUAUCGGCCACAUCCCCAGAGGUUCACAUCCUGCUCUCAGGUGCUGGGCCUGCACUGCUAUAAGAAAGGGAUCCAUUACUGGGAGGUGGAGCUGCAGAGGAAUAACUUCUGCGGGGUCGGCAUCUGCUACGGUAGCAUGGAACGGAAGGGCCCCGAGAGCAGGCUUGGCCGCAACAGUGCUUCCUGGUGCGUGGAGUGGUUCAACACCAAGAUCUCUGCCUGGCACAACAACGUGGAGAAAACUCUGCCCUCCACCAAGGCCACGCGGGUCGGUGUGCUUCUCAACUGUGACCACGGCUUCGUCAUCUUCUUCGCCGUUGCCGACAAGGUCCACCUGUUGUAUAAGUACAAGGUGGAUUUUACCGAAGCGGUGUACCCAGGCUUCUGGGUGUUCUCUGCAGGUGCAACACUCACCAUCUGCGCCCCCAGCUAGGCAGGCCACGGACACUCAGGUUGAUGCCUGUGGAGACCCGAGACUCUUAUGAAAAUGCCACAGGUGGAACUUUCCUCAGAGAACUUCCCUAAGAGUCCCCAAAGGUUGGAAGGAUGGUACCUUAGCUGGUGGGAGGGUGAGGACACAGGAUAAGAAGAGGGAUGAUUGUGUCCUGGGCAAGAAAGCAUCUCUGCCUCCUAGUGCCGGUCAGGGCAGGCUGGCCUGGGAAAUCUCCAAGCUGCUGGGCCUAGAGAGCGGGAAGUCAGGAGUGCCCUUUUCCUCCUAGAGGAAAUCUGUAGUCACUCGUGUUCUCUCUCAGGCCAUUUGGUAUCUGCCCUUUGCUCUCUUGGGGUAGCCUUCAGAUACUGGAAUUCUGAUAACUUUCCAUAGGUGUUUUUGAAAUUUCAAAGUCAAUGAAUUUCAUUCUUAUGUAGCUGCCACUGCCCCCAUACCAGGGCUCAUUGCCCAGUUAUUGUCUGCUCCAGGUAACUGCCCACAGGAGGUGUCCACCCUGACCAGAGUUUCUUUUUUUUUUUGGCCGGGGCUGGGUUUGAACCCGCCACCUCCGGCAUAUGGGACCGGCGCCCUACUCCUUGAGCCAUAGGCGCCGCCCAAUGACCAAAGUUUCUUAAAGAAGCAUGUCCUCCUCCUCCUUCCCAGAAAAUAGUACCGCUCCCUCCCACCCUGCUUGCCCCGUUGAUAGUUUUAAAAUUUUUCUUCGAGCAGGAACUUUUUAAGCUAAGCCUUCAAAGGCUGAAUUUGUGAUUCAAUGUCAAGUUGAACCCAGCUCUGAUUUGGAUGAAAAUCCUCCCCAUAGCCAAGUGCUAUGAGUGGCAUCUCGGUGGAGAUGCUUGGUGGCAGGCGCAAGCUCUGCUGGAGGCCUUGCUCCGUAGCUGAGGCCACAGGGCCAGUAGCUCUGCAGGGCAGGUCCCCAUGACCUGGGUCAGCAGAAGCACUGACUGGUGGGUUUGCUCGUGUUACAGCACCUUGCUUUUUACUGACAGUUCUCCUCAGCUAUAGCCCCCCUGUCCUGUCGCCUGGAUCGUAAGGUGUUGGGUGGAUGGUGGAUGACAGAUGACACCAUUGUAGUUGUCAUAGUCAGGCAGCCAGCAAGGCUGGGUAUCUGAAGCCUGCUGUCAUGCAAACAGGCUGUGUGGCUGCCUCAGGAACCGUACUUGGUUACCUGAUUGGAUGAUUAGCUAUGUCCCAAAGGGUCUUUUAGCAAACCCCAUGGGAAAUAGCAGCAUUCCUGUUCAUCUCCGACUGGCCCUAGCAUGAGCCAGAGGCCUGGGGCUGGCCCAAGCCCUUGCUGCUAUCUUCCUCAUUCAGGCCAAUUCCAGAUCUUUAUGUUGACCAGGCGAGAGGUCAGGACUUUCAAGGAUCAGGGAAGAAAUGAGCUAAAGAGACAAGUGGCUGGUUUCUGUGCAAUGUUUCUGUGCAGUGAAAAUAACCCAGUCCAUGAUGAGGCACGAGUGAAGGGAUUGCUGGACUUGGCCCAAGCUCCUUGUAGCCUGAUGUCAGGACAGAAGCCUGGGAAACUAAACCUCUAAUAGCAAAUCGAGCUCAGCUCUGGGCUUGGCCAAGAGGAGAGCUCCCCUCAGGCUUCUUAUAAUAUGAAAAUAGGUCACUGUUGGGAAGCAGAGGUCCCAGGCCAUUUCAUAUGGAUAUUUGAGAAUUUACCCCUUCUCAGGCCUUGUGCUGGAAUCCCAGGGCACUCUAGUUGGGCUCACAGCACUUUGUAUUCCUGACAAGUACACACCUGACAUACAGGUACACACCUGAGCUGGGUGAUCUACCAAUGAGAACUUUAAGUUCCUUGGGAGAGAGAGAAUCUUUGCGGGGAAGACAUCCCUGCAAUAGCAAAGUUUUCUUUGUUACUUGGAAGAAACGUUCUUUGGUAAUUCUUCUCUGCUUUUGAAGAUGGACAAAAUUAUCUUCGCUGAUUUUCUGAAACAAAAGCCUUGUCUGGGGUGGCGCCUGUGGCUCAGUGAGUAGGGCGCCGGCCCCAUAUGCCAAGGGUGGCGGGUUCAAACCCAGCCCCGGCCAAACUGCAACAAAAAAAUAGCUGGGCGUUGUGGCGGGCGCCUGUAGUCCCAGCUGCUUGGGAGGCUGAGGCAAGAGAAUCGCUUAAGCCCAGGAGUUGGAGGUUGCCGUGAGCUGUGUGACGCCACGGCACUCUACCGAGGGCGGUACAGUGAGACUCUGUCUCUACAAAAAAAAAAAAGCCUUGUCUGAAGGCAAUUAUACUUGGGAAACAGCGGGGCUUAGAGGAAUAGAAUACCAAAGAUAAAUUCUCUGCUGCGGAAAUGAGGGCUUUGGGGAGAUUUUUUUCCCGGGCAAAUGUGCAGCUCAGGCAAGGGAAGCAGGAGCCCCUCUCUCUAUGAGAGGGUCAAGUAGGUAAUCCAAGGCAAGCUCUGUGCAAGGUGCUUUGGAGUUGGGAAUGGAGGAGUGCACCUUGCUGUCUGGAGUCAGUCCGUUUGCAGCGGUUAGGACCUCACAUAACCUAGCCUCGCAGGGCUGCCUCAACCCUAGAGUUCUAGAAUUGGAGGCACUUUGGUAUCCAUCUGACUUCUCAUUGUGCAGAAUGAGAUGAAGAGGUAGAGGAUCACUCUGUUCAUCCCAGGAGGAGAUGCCUUCUAGCGUGCGUGAAGAGAAAACCCCGGUACCUUGGGGAAGUACCAGGAAUCCCCAGAAACACAGUCAUAAAAUACGAUCCUAGACUCAGAGCCUGGGGAUUGUCAGAGUCACUGUGGAGUGGUACACCGAAGGUUAGGGUCAAACCUUUUAUUAUUCAGGACAGGAUGGCAAAUUAUUUCUGUUUUAAUUAUUCCAAAAUCAUUCUGUGAUCUGUAAUACUAAUAUAUUAUCUUUUACCUCAUUUCCCCUCUCACUAUUGAUUUUAAUUAUUUUUUGAGCUUUUGGUUUUUUUUUAGAGUUGAUUCUUAUGGCAGCACCCGUCGCUCAGUAGGUGGGCAUUGGCAACAUGCACUGAGGCUGUUGGGUUCUAACCCAGCCAGGGCCUGCUAAAAUCAACAAUGACAACUGCAACAAAAAAAUAGCUGGGUGUUGUGGCCAGCGCCUGUAGUCCCAGCUACUUGGGAGGCUGAGGCAAGAGAAUCCCUUCAGGUUGUUGUGAGCUGUGACAUCACAGCACUCUACCAAGGGGGACACAGACUCUUGUCUCAAAAAAAAAAAAAAUAAAAGAGUUGAUUCUUUAAAGGUGAUAAUCACAGCCAUAGACAGGUCUGGGGCUGGCUGAUGUGCCUUGAAAGAUUUGAAUGCCAUAAAGCGAUGUUUAGCAUUCUCUCCUGCAUUGCAGUGCAGGUAGAAAAUGUUCCGUGUUCGUCACGCUGAUGUCAACAGACAAGUCACCCGCUACAGAAGGCUGCUGCUCAGGCCCCCAGGUGCUCCUGAGGGUUGAAAUUUUAGUAGACUUUUAGCUGUCGAUAAAAAAUUCUCAGACUGAUAGGAUGUCUGUCUGGGCCUUACAUUAGGAUGACCCAAGAGCAGGGCAUAGAGAAGGGGAGAAGGGUAAAUGGCACACAGGUAGUCAGGACAGCGAUGGAGAUGGGAGGGCUCGUUAUUUCUGCUACUGCACAUGUCGAUAAUUUCUAUAAUAGAAAGUUUAAAAAUGAAACAAAAACAGCCCAGGACAGCAAUAGGCUCUGUUCUAUGAAUUUUAUCCUUGGAAUUGGGGUAGGAGUUGCAGGAGGUGUGGAUUGGAAGCCGUGUGGCCUUUGUUUUUAGUUCCUGGGGGGAGACUUUCAGUCCUUGAAAUUUCCCAAAUAAGAGGAGCGUCUUUGUGGCAGGGUGCAGUGGCUCACCCCUGUAAUCCUAACACUCUGGGAGGCCAAGGCGGGUGGAUCACUUGUGCUCAGGAGUUCAAGACCAGCCUGAGCAAGAGGGAGACCCUUGUCUCUAAAACUAGCAGGGAGUUGUAGUGGGCACCUGUAGUCCCAGCUCCUUGAGACGCUAAGGCAAGAGCAUCACUUGAGCCCAAGAGUUUGAGGUUGCUGUGAGCUACGAUGCCACAGCACUCUACCAAGGGUCACAAAGUGAAACUCUGCCUAAAAAAAAGAGGAGCAUUGUUAUUCAUGAUCCCCUGGGAUCACACCUGAGUUUAUGCUAAGAGGUGAGAAGACUGAGGAUGGGGGCUGGUCACCAGGAAAAACAAUCUUGACUGCUAAAGCUUUGCUUCAGUCUGACCUAUGGAGAGGGAAGCUGGAGAUUGAGUUGAAUUCUGUGGCCAGUGAUACAAUCAAUAUACAAUGAAACCCCAAUAAAAACUCCGGAUACUGAAGCUUGAUGUAGCUUCCUGGUUGGUGAACACAGCAGUGUGCUGGGAGGGUGACAAGCCCCAAUUCCUCUGGUGAGGCACAUAAGCCGUGUGUUUGAGACCUUCCCUAUGUCUCUUCAUUUGGCUGGUCCUGGUUUGUACCCUUUAUAAUAAAACUGUAAUCAUAAAUA